ACACGCAAGGGCCCCUUGGCUGACAAGCGCAACAAACUGCUGUCGCGCUUGCAGGCGAUCCAGCGGGAGCAGGGCGAGCUGCGCAAGUCGCGGGGAAAGGUAUUUGACAAGCAGGCGUCACUGACCACCUCGAUCAGCCGGAAGGUAUCUGACCUAAAGACGCUGAAGGCCAAGUCCACGUUCAAGACAGUGUCUGAGAUCGACGAGAAGAUUGCCAAGAACGAGAAGCGGAUUGAUUCGGGCAAACUCAAGAUCAUCGAUGAGCGGCGCCUGGCCAGCGAGAACGCACAGCUGCGCCGUGCCCGCAAGGCUGUGGAGCAGUGCGAGGACGCGCAAAGCACCAUUGAGAAGGAGAAGGCGGAACUGGCGGUCGUCGAUGCACAGCUGGCGGACACAAACGCGCAGCAGCUGGCCGAUGAGUACGCGCAGCUGCAAGCCGAGCUGGACCAGAUCAAGGCGACCCAGGACCAAGGGUGGGAGAAGCGCUCGGGGCUUCUUGACGAGCGCACCCGCCUGCAGAAGGCCAUUGACGCUGCCUGGGACGAUAAGCGCGCGCUGCAGGAGGAGCACCGUAAGCAGAACAACGACUUCUACAAGUGGCAGCAGGAGGACCGCAAGCGCCGUGCCGAGGAGGAGAAGCAGCGCCGCAUCCAGGAGCAGCGUGAGAAGCGUCUGGCCCUUGCCCAAGAGCAGCGUGAAGAGGCCGAGAUCCCGGCCUUCCAGGACGAGAUCAAUGGCUGCGAUUCGCUGAUCCAGUACCUGGGCAGCUUCCAGAUCAAGUCUGCUAGCAAUGCGGGCUCGCGGUCCGAGGACAACACCCGGCCGUCAUCGGCUGCAAGCAACCAGCGCGAGGUUGACUCCAACGACCAUGUGCCAGCUGGCAUGGUUGCCAUCAAGAAGAGCUCGAACGAGGAGUCGUACUUUGCCGGCGCAGCCAAGCACAAGAAGAAGGCAGGCAAGAAAACUGCCAGCAAGAGCGAUGCGCUCAAAAUCCCCCUGGCUGUUGCUGAGCGCUUCUUGGAGCUCAAGGUUGAUCUGCCCAUCAACAUGGCUGCUAUCCCGAUUGCCCUUGACAAGCUAGCUGACCGGAAGCAGUUCUUUGUCAGCAACCAGACCAAGGUUACCGAGGAGAACAAGAAGAAGGCCGAGGAAAAGAUCGCCAAGCUCAUGGCUGAGCUGGAUGCGGACGAGAAGAUCGCCCAGGAAUCUAGUUAA